AUGGGUCUACUUGAUGCAUUAAUCGAAUGGCUUGGUCUUCGACGACGUGAAGCCAGCGUGUUAGUUGUCGGUCUUGACAAUAGUGGUAAAACUUCACUCUUAAAUUUUCUUCUACCAACUGAUGAACAAUCAAGCGAUAUUGCACCGACAGUUGGUUUCAAUGUGGAACAUUUUUCACGGCAAGGAGUCUCAUUUACAGCUUUUGACAUGAGUGGACAAAGUCGUUAUAGAACAAUGUGGACUAAUUAUUAUCACUCAACAAACGGUAUCAUAUUUGUUGUGGAUAGUUCAGAUAGAACACGUAUACUGGUUGCUCGUGAAGAACUACAACAAUUACUUUCACAUCGCGAUAUAUAUUCACGAAAUAUACCGAUAUUAAUUUUUGCUAAUAAAAUGGAUUUACGUGAUGCUCUAUCAGAUGUUGGUGUAUCAUCUGCAUUAGGUCUCGAUGGAAUUAUAAAUAAAUCUUGGCAUAUUUGUUCUAGCAAUGCACUUAAAGGCGAUGGUAUAGCUGAUGGAAUCGACUGGUUAUCUACAGCUAUUAAAACUUCACUUGAACAAGCCCGGCGAUGA